AUGACCACUAAGGGACUACAUGCGGUAUUAAGAAAUCUUCAUUGGCUUGUUGGCAAAUGGACAUCGAUUUCAGCUGAAGUGAGUUAUCCAACUAUGCAAAAAGUUAUUAAAUUUGACGAAGUUCUGGAGUUUAAGUUCAUGGGCCAACCUCUGUUAACGUAUAGCUCCGUCACUACCAAUCCACAGAACAAGGGCGUGAUGCAUCUUGAAAAUGGGUUUCUCAGAGUGGAUGAAGACCAGUGCACUCUGGCAUUUCUCACAGCUAUGAAUUUUGGACUUGCUUCUCUAGAAGAAGGUUACGUAAAAGGCAAUACAGUCGUUUUAGCCUCGGCAUGUUUAGGAAUUAUGAAAUUUGCUAAACAGAGCAUUUUAGCAAUUCAUCGAUGUUACAGACUCAACGAUAAAGGGGAAUUAGAGUAUACCCUGCUUAUGGAAACACCACAAACUCCUCUAACAUUGCACGUAGAAGCCGUUUAUCGCAAAGAAUGCACUGAGAGCGCAGACAAAAAAAUAUCAAAUAAUGAUAAAAAAAAAUAA